AUGAAUUCAGAAGCAGCUUUGCCAGGGUUUCCCACGUAUGGGCUACCAGCAGGAGGGCUGCCGCUUGGUACGAUGCCCCUGGUAGUGCCGCCAGGGCUCGUCAACUUUGUCGACCCGGCUUGUCGGUCGCAUACGGCCACCCAAGCUUCGCAAGCUCCAGCCCCUGUUCUUCCACAUCUUCCACAUGAGGUACUGCAAUACCAGUACAUGCAGCAUGCUCUUACAGCGCCCCUGCAGCAGGGCUUUCAGAUACAGCAGGCGCAGGAUUCCCUUGAUCACGCGCAGCAAGAUGAUGAAGAUGUGAAGGAGACAAUACAGGAGCUGCAGGCUCGCUUCAAGCUGGAUGAUCGCAUCACCAGGGACCUGGCUGGCCAGAUGAAGAAGCGAAGCGCCACCUGCAAAGAUGAUUUGCAUGCCCUCUGGGAAAUCCUCGGAGGUGCAAGGAACCCGGCUGGCUUACUCCGUGUGAAGCUCCGGGAGAUGGAGGAUGGCAUAUUCCGCGGCACGCUCACACCGGACAAAGAUGUCGAGGAGCUCGCCAAAAAGUUCAGCUUGGAUGCGCAGGCUGCAGCAAAACUGGCAGAAGUGCUUUCCAGAAGAGAUGACCGCAAGAGGGAUCUCAGGCAGAUACAGAAGCAUCUGCAGCUGUCAAACAAGCCUUCAUCGUUAGUCAUGCUGAUGCUCAAAGACAUGCGGAAUGGCCUUCCAAUCAGGGACCCGGAGUAUCCACCCUCAGUGGGCAGCAUGGCUCACAAGCGUGGCAUGAAGGGGCGCAGGAGCAGAAGUCGCACAAGAAGGCGGAAAGAAUCACCAAGCAGCAGCCCGCCACUUCGAAGUCCUCCUCGAUCCAGUGGUGCAGGACCAGACCCAAAGAAGGCUGCUUCUGCUCGCGGCCCUCGACCGCAAACGCUGCUUGAGCGGUUCGGCUGA